AUGCCGCUCCGCCCCGGCUCGCUGGUCCCAGAAGGCGCCGGGUUUCCCAAGAUGGCGGCCGACGUGUCCGUUACUCACCGGGCCCCGCUGAGCCCGGAGCCUGGGGCCGAGGUUGAAGCUGGUGAUGCCGCGGAGCGCCGGGCGCCCGAAGAAGAGUUGCCGCCGCUAGAUCCAGAAGAGAUCCGGAAGCGCCUGGAACACACCGAGCGCCAGUUUCGUAACCGCCGCAAGAUACUGAUCCGGGGCCUCCCGGGGGACGUGACCAACCAGGAAGUGCACGACCUGCUCAGCGACUAUGAGCUCAAGUACUGUUUUGUGGACAAAUACAAAGGGACAGCCUUCGUGACCCUGCUGAAUGGGGAGCAGGCCGAGGCUGCCAUCAGCGCUUUUCAUCAGAGCCGCCUGCGGGAGCGCGAGCUGUCGGUGCAGCUGCAGCCCACGGAUGCCCUGCUGUGUGUGGCCAACCUGCCGCCCAGCCUCACGCAGCAGCAGUUCGAGGAGCUGGUGCGGCCCUUUGGCAGCCUGGAGCGCUGCUUCCUGGUCUACAGCGAGCGCACCGGCCACUCCAAGGGCUAUGGCUUUGCCGAGUACAUGAAGAAGGACUCAGCUGCCCGCGCCAAGUCAGACCUGCUGGGCAAGCCGCUGGGCUCGCGUACCCUCUACGUGCACUGGACAGAUGCUGGGCAGCUGACGCCUGCUCUGCUGCACUCCCGCUGCCUCUGUGUCGACCGCCUGCCACCUGGCUUCAGUGACGUGGACGCCCUGUGCCGGGCGCUAUCUGCCAUCCAUGCACCCACCUUCUGCCAGCUGGCUUGUGGCCAGGACGGGCAGCUGAAGGGCUUUGCGGUGCUGGAGUACGAGUCGGCAGAGAUGGCGGAGGAGGCGCAGCAGCGGGCCGAUGGCCUGGCCCUGGGGGGCAGCCACCUGCGCAUCUCCUUCUGCGCCCCUGGGCCCCCCGGCCGCAGCAUGCUGGCUGCACUCAUCGCUGCCCAGGCCACGGCCCUCAACCGGGGCAAGGGGCUCCUGCCUGAGCCCAACAUCCUGCAGCUGCUCAACAACCUGGGGCCGUCCGCCUCCCUCCAGCUGCUGCUCAACCCCCUGCUCCAUGGCAGCGCAGGGGGCAAGCAGGGCCUCCUGGGUGCCCCGCCGGCCAUGCCCCUGCUCAGUGGGCCAGCCCUGUCCACGGCACUGCUGCAGCUCGCCCUGCAGACCCAGAGCCAGAAGAAGCCCGGGAUCCUAGGAGAUUCACCCCUGGGCACCCUCCAGCCUGGCGCCCAGCCGGCCACCCCCCUCCUGGGAGAGCUGUCUGCAGGGGGGGGCCUGCCCCUGGAGCUGCCACCCCGGCGAGGGAAGCCACCACCCCUGUUGCCACCACUGCUUGGCCCCGCUGCGGGUGACCGGGAGGCCAUGGGCCUGGGUCCCCCAGCCACCCAGCACACUCCUCCCCCAGCCCCCGUAGGGCUCCGAGGCACUGGCCUCAGGGGCCUCCAGAAAGACAGUGGGCCUCUGCCGACGCCCCCUGGGGUCUCGCUGCUGGGGGAGCCUCCCAAGGACUACCGGAUCCCCCUGAAUCCCUACCUGAACCUACACAGCCUGCUCCCGGCCAGCAACCUGGCGGGUAAGGAGGCCCGGGGCUGGGGAGGCGCCGGGAGAAGCCGCCGCCCAGCUGAGGGCCCCCUGCCUAACCCCCCAGCCCCUGGCGGUGGCGGCAGUGGUGGCAGCAGCAGUAGCAGCAGCAGCAGCAGCAAAGCCUUCCAGCUUAAGUCCCGCCUGCUCAGCCCCCUCACCAGCGCCCGCCUGCCCCCCGAACCAGGGCUACCCGACAGCUACGGCUUCGACUACCCUUUGGAUGUGGGACCUCGGCGGCUCUUCUCCCACCCACGGGAGCCAGCCCUCGGGCCUCACGGACCCAGCCGGCACAAGAUGUCUCCCCCGCCCAGCGGCUUUGGCGAGCGGAGUGGUGGGGGCGGAGGCGGGCCCCUCUCUCACUUUUACUCGGGCUCGCCCACCUCCUACUUCACCAGCGGCCUGCAGGCUGGCCUUAAGCAAAGCCACCUCAACAAGGCUGUCGGCUCCUCCCCACUGGGCUCCGGAGAAGGGCUCCUGGGUCUUGGUCCUGGGCCCAAUGGUCACAGCCACCUGCUGAAGACCCCACUGGGCGGCCAGAAACGCAGCUUUGCCCACCUGCUGCCCUCACCUGAGCCCAGCCCCGAAGGCAGCUACGUGGGCCAGCACUCCCAGGGCCUCGGCGGGCACUACGCGGACUCCUACCUGAAGCGGAAGAGAAUUUUCUAAGGGGCUGGCACCAGAGAUGCCUGAGGACCUGCACCAAAUCGCUUUUCGGUUUUCUGGUGUUUUGUUUUGUGUUUUUUUAAAACAUUUUCUUUCUUUCGGUAAUAGAAAAAUCUCUGAAAGACUUUACUGACCAACCAGCGGAGCCUCAGGAGCCCAAGGAGUGUGGGGGCGUCUAGGGGCCUCAGUGCCCCUCUGGCCAGCUCCCGGAGCUGAAACCCUGCAGCCUUAAGAGAGGGGGCCUGGCCUGCUCUCUCCCUCCCUGUCUCCUGUCCUCUGCCUGUAACCGUCUCUCCAGGAGUCCUCUCCUGCCUCGUCACUCCUGUAUUUUGGCCUUUUGAGUGCCUUGGAGGUUUCCCUGACCUCCCGUGAGGAUCAGAGACUGUCCCCCUUUUUUAACUUUGACAAUUGACUUUUGUUUCCUUUUCUAAUUUUUAAUUUUUAAACCAUCCAGGACAACCCCCAGCUCUGAUUCCUUCAAGGCCCAGCCUGUCUGGGCUUCAUUCCACACUUUGCGGUUUGAAACAGCUCAGCCCUUUUCUCUUUCCCUGUGUCUGCUGCAGGCAUGGCUGUUCUCCUGCCUCUGCCUGCCCACUCUGGCCUGUACCCCAGCUCUAGGUCCCCGGCUCCCUGCCACAGCCCCCUCGCCUUCUGAUGCCUUAAAGCUGGGCCCCAGGGCCUGCUGGCCAGAGCUUCAGAUGCUGAACUCUGGGAGCUUGACUAUGGACCAAACAGCUCUGGCCUGGGGAUUGGGCCCCCCUGCCUAGGGUCUCCACCCUGGGGACAGUAGUAGGCCAAAGCCUUCUUCUUGGCAAACCAACCCCACCACUCCUUUGCCCAGAUGGACUUUCUCCAGCUUAAACCAGUACCCCUGCUGUCUGUCUGUGGGAGUUAGGCAUGGCGCCCAUCUCACUGAGCCUCUGCUGUCCGCCCCCUUGUUGAACUACACCCUCCAGCCCCAGGCCAGAUCACUGGAGCUGGCCUCCUUCCGGCCCAGCCCCAGAAACCAACAGCUCUGUGCAGAUAAGCUCUGCACCUGCCCACCAGCAGGCCCUGUGGACCUGAGGUGACCCUGGGCCCUGCCUCUGGCCGACUGGGCCACCAGCUUCCCUCCCCGGAACGGGGGCCUACAUCCACUCCAGGGGAUGUCCUCUCCCCAAUCUCACCACACAGACCUUUGCUGAAUUAAAGUUUGUAAGUAAAUGGUUUUAAAGAAAUCA